AAAAUCUGAUUGGAGAAUCAGUUCCCAAUAAGCAAGAAAUUUAUUGUGACUAUCUUUUACUGCUUUUUUCAUUUCAAAAAAAAGGCUUCACUUGCUGCUUUGCUUUUUUCUUUAGGAUAUGGAAGAUCAGACACACAAGACUCAUCAUAAGCAAAAAGCAGGAAAAAAGGUUGAGAGAAAGAAGGAAAAUAAAUUUGCCAAUGCCAAAAAGUCUAGCAAUCCCAAAGCUUUCACUUUCCAAAGUGCUGGAAGAGCUGAAAAGACAGCCAGGAGAAACUUUGAUCUAGGAGAAAAGAAGUUACAUGUUCCAUUGGUAGAUCGUACACCGAUCGAAGCACCUCCAGUUGUCAUUGCUGUCGUUGGUCCACCAGGUACUGGUAAAUCAACGCUGAUUAGAUCCUUAGUAAAAAGAUAUACAAAACACAACUUGAAUGAGAUCAAGGGACCUAUUACAGUUGUGAGCGGCAAAAAACGUCGAUUGACAUUUGUAGAGUGCAACAACGAUUUGAAUUCAAUGAUAGAUAUUGCCAAGGUCGUCGAUCUCGUCCUGUUGAUGAUUGAUGCUAGUUUUGGCUUUGAAAUGGAAACAUUCGAAUUUUUGAAUAUCCUGCAAUCACACGGUUUCCCCAAAGUCAUGGGUAUCUUGACUCACCUCGACAAGUUCCGUAGUAACAAGGCAUUAAAAGCCACCAAGAAGAGACUCAAGGAUCGUUUCUGGACAGAAAUCUACCAAGGAGCCAAACUCUUCUACCUGUCUGGUAUCAUCAAUGGAAGAUAUCCCAACUUGGAAAUACAAAAUCUGUCACGAUUUAUCUCUGUCAUGAAAUUUAGACCGCUCGUUUGGAGAAACACUCAUCCUUACGUGAUUGCAGAUCGUAUAGAAGAUCUAACGGAUCCAGAACUAGUUCACAGAAAGCCAACGUGUGAUCGUACAGUGACGCUAUAUGGAUACUUGCGAGGCACCAACCUAAAGACCGGCAUGCGUGUACAUAUCCCAGGUGCAGGCGAUCACACUCUUGCAGACGUAUCUGUUCUCCCAGAUCCUUGCCCUUUGCCUGAUAAGGAACGAAAGCGCUUGGACGAGAAGCACAAGUUGAUUUAUGCCCCUAUGUCAGACGUGGGCGGUGUCAUGUAUGAUAAGGAUGCUGUUUAUAUUAAUGUGCCUGGACAUUUUACAAAGAAGUCAGCAUAUGCGCCUUCAGAGAAACAACAGGAUGGCGAAGAGGAUGAAGAUGAGGUUGUUCCAAAAGGCACAGGUGAAAAGCUUGUCAUGAGUCUUCAAGACGCUCAGGAUACACUUUCGGCUCAGUUGCAAGAGUCCGAGCUUCGUAUAUUUUCUGGAUCCGCACCUGUCAAAGCUUCAGAUAUAAAAGAAUCAUUGGAAGAGGAUGAAUCUGGGAGAACUCGUCGGCGUGCAGUAUUUGGUGAUGAAGACGAAAUAAAUGAUGAAGAGGGCGAUGAAGACGAUGAGGAUGAGGAUGAGGAUGACGAAGAAGAUGACGAUGAGGAUAUGGAUGAAGACGAUAUGAUGAGUGAAGAUGAAGAUAAUACUCCACGACGUGGUAGAGCCCUUACCAAGUUCGAUACAAGAAAUAUUCCCAAAAAAGGCGACGAAGACAAUGAUGCAAAGGAUGAACCAGCCUUUGAAUUUGCUGAUAGUGAUAGUGAUUUGGGCAACGAAGACGAAGAUAAUGAAGAUAUGGUUUUGGUUGACGGUCGCAUAAAAAGAGAUACAGGUGACGAUGAAGAUCUCUCUGGCGAACUUCGUUGGAAGGCCAACUUGAAAGAAAAAGCCAGUGCUAUGCACAAAGGCAACAGACGCACCAACCUCAUGUCUCUCAUCUACAAUAAUCUUGAUCUCUCUCCUGAAGAUAUCCUUGCAGGAAACUACGAUAAUGAGAAAGACGACGAUAUAGAAGAAGAUGACGACGAAGAAAAUUUCUUCAAACUCAAGCGUGAAACAGCAGAGAAUGGUGCCCAAGCUAUUGACAGUAGCCGUGAUCCUAUCGAUCUUGAGGAACUGGAAGAGUGGGAUGAUGAAGAGACAUUAGAUUCAAUCAGAAACCGCUUUAUUACAGGUGACAUUGAUGCUGCUAAUGGGGAAAGCGCGUUCCCACCCGAAGAAGAUGAAGAAGAGUUUGGCGAUUUUGAGGAUCUUGAGAAUGACAACAGUAAUGAAAAUGACAAAGAGGAUAUGAUCCGCGACCCUGUAGCUGUGGAGCGUGAAAAAAUUGCCAAGCGUAAGGAACAGCUCCGCAAAAAAUUUGAAGAGGAAUAUGACGAUAGCGAGGAUGGUCCCAAGAUGGACUUUUACGAGCAAAAGAAGCAGGAAAUCGAGCAGCAGCUUCAAACAAACCGUGCAGAAUUUGAAAAUGAUGAUCCUUUGACCAGAGCCAUGGUUGAAGGUUACCGUCCUGGUAGCUAUGUGCGUAUACUAAUCAAAGACAUGCCAUGUGAAUUUGUGCAAAACUUUGACCCAACUUAUCCUAUCGUAGUUGGUGGUCUCUUAACAUCUGAAAAUCAAUUUGGUUGGGUGCAAGUGAGAAUCAAGCGUCAUCGAUGGUAUCCCAAGACAUUAAAGACAAAUGACCCACUGAUCUUCUCUGUGGGUUGGAGACGCUUCCAGACAAUUCCCAUCUACUCACUCAAUGACGGUACACGAAAUCGUAUGCUGAAAUACACACCAGAACAUAUGCAUUGUUUAGCGACAUUUUAUGGACCUGUGCAUACACCCAAUACCGGCUUCUGUGCUGUUCAAAAUGUAUCUGACAACAAAGCAAGUGCAUUCCGUAUCAGUGCAACUGGUGUUGUAGUAGACAUCAGUCAAUCUACAGAAAUUGUAAAGAAGUUAAAGCUGACGGGCUAUCCCGCCAAGGUGUAUAGAAAUACUGCUUUCGUCAAGGACAUGUUCACUUCCGCACUUGAAGUAGCUAAAUUUGAAGGUGCCAAUAUCCGAACAGUCUCUGGUAUUCGUGGUCAAGUGAAGAAGGCAUUAUCUUCCCCUGAAGGACAAUUCCGUGCCACUUUUGAAGAUAAGAUUUUGAUGAGCGAUAUUGUAUUCCUGAGAGCAUGGUAUCCCGUGAAACCACGCAAGUUCUAUAACCCAGUGACAUCCUUGUUGCUAUCAUCUAAAGAUAGUUGGCAAGGUAUGCGUCCAACUGGUCAAGUAAGAAAAGAAUUAAGUCUACAUGCACCACAAAAUGCAGAUUCUAUUUAUAAACCAAUUGAAAGAAAAGAGCGUCGCUUCAAUCCACUCAAGAUUCCCAAGUCACUUCAAGCUGAGUUACCUUUUGCCAAUAAACCAAAACAACAAACAAAGGCCAAGAAGAAGUCAUACUUGAGUAAACGAGCUGUUGUUUUAGAACCUGAAGAAAAGAAAGUAUAUACGUUGAUGCAACAACUGAAUACGCUCCGAAAUGAGAAGACACGCAAACGUAAAUUGAAGGACAACGAAAGACGUGAAAACCUUGAAAAGAAGAAAGCCAAGCUUGAAAAGGCCAACGAGCUUAAAGAAAAGGAAAGACGUAAAGAGUAUUUCCGUAAAGAACAGCAGAAAAAGAAAUAA